CCUGUUUCUAAAUAUUGAAAAACUAGAUUCUAUAAAGAAAACUUUGAUUUAUUAUGAAGCAAAAUAUAUGCUUAAGAUUAAAUUUAUUGCUUCUUUUACUUCAUUAUUUAAGAAGUUCAACAGCUCAGAUGUUCCUCACAAAUGAGGAAAUCGUCAUAACUAAGGGCAAACUUCUAGGAACAUUAACAAUGCCUAUGGAAUAUGAAGUAUCUUUUAAACUUUAUUUAAAUUCAAUUUUAAGUAUUAAUGCAAACGUAAUUCACAUUACUAAUGGAGUUAAUUGUUGCAGUUACGGAAAUAGAAUUGCCACAAUAUCUUUUAGUAAUAGCUUGAUGGCGGAAAUCGACGCCCCAGUAAACGGCAAUGGUAAUUAUUACUUUUACUCAAAACCAUUAUCACUUCAAAAAUGGAUAAAAAUUACAAUUAAACAGUAUUUGAGUGAUGCCAACUAUUAUUAUACUGUUGAAAUUGAUGGCGAGACUUCCCAUUUUGUAAAAAAUACCAAUCCUCAGGUGUUUCAAAAUGUCAAACUUUAUGUCAGCGAUCCAUGGCGUGCAGCACAACCGGGAUACAUAAGAAAAUUGUUUAUACGAUGUCAAAAUAUUGUAAAUCUCUGUGGAUUAAUAACUACGAUGUCUGCAAAGCAAAACCAAAAUGAAAUAAAUAUUCGUGUAAACAUGAAAACAGAUUGUGCAUGUUCUAUUCAAAAUGUAAGUUUUUAUCUUCAACCCGAACCAAAGUUAAUUUUCAGAAGCUUUUUAUGGGACGGAGAUUUCAGUUUAAAGGACAUCGUAAAUCAGAUUGACAAAUUCUAUGCCAUAAAGGUGAACACUCUUUUGAUAACUUCGUAUGUAACCUUUUCAGCUGUAUUCUUUUAUAAGAAUCUUCAAAAUAAAAACUCUAAUGUGUCGUUCAUAGCCCAUUCAAACUGGAUUUAUAACGAUAAAGAUUCUGCAUUCAAAGGUAUCCAGCAAAGGCUCUCAGUUUUAAUUGAAAAAGUGCUUACAAAAAUAGAGCCUCUGUGGAUUUAUAAAGGGCAAAACGAAACUUUUUUACCGACUGAAAAAUUCCAGUUUGUUUGUGGAUCUAUGCAUAAAAGACAGCAAAGUCCUUGUUAUCAACGUGAAGUAUCUAUUGGAAUAGUUUCGUUUCUACCAAUUAAUGUGCUGGACGUGAAAGGAUACGAUUCGAACAACGCAUUUAUUUAUGGACGUACGCAUAGAAAUAAUAUUAUAGAGAUGGACCUAAUUAAAAGAAAACCAAUGAUUAUAACAAGAGAAAGAUGUUCUCAAAUAGCAGCGUGUGAAGCCUUUUUUAAAUAGAUUCAACAUUAUAUGAUAAUGCUCCGAUAAAUAAUAACACGUCUACAUAUGUGCAUGUUUUUUGUCAAAAUAAAAUUUUAUUUUCAAUUCGAUUUAAAAAAAUAAAAACUAUAAAUAAUAGUAUUGUUAUAUGUUAUAAAGGAAAAUAUA